UUCAAUUUUAUAGUCCCCGCUAGCAUAGUUUGGCUCUCUUUUGGUUCGCAAACGAGAACGAGGAAGGCAAGAGAGAGAACAGAGUAAAGCAAACAGAGACAGAGAGGGAGAGAGAGAGAGAUGGGAAAAAAGGCAAAGAGCUCGAGGAAGGGAAAGAAAGCAUGGAGGGCCAACAUAAGCACCGAAGACAUCGAGGACUUCUACGAGAAGUCCACCAAAGACGCUCACACUGGUGGCUCCCUCUCUUCCGCUCCCAACGAAUCCCUCUACUUCGUCGACAAGUCCGAAGAUCUUUCAGUGAAGCGCAAGAUUGAAAAACAUAGAGAGAAAGUGCUCCACUGUGACAGCUUAUUACAUAAGAACCCUUUUGUUCGUCCUGUGACAUCCUCUAUUCCAAAGAAGUUCAAGAAACGACAUAAAAAGGUUCUCCAAGCAAAAGAUGCAACUGAUGACGGUCCCAAGGAACCUGUCAAAACUACAGACAUGGUUGACGUAUGGGAUGAUAAAGGUGUUGACAAUGGGAAGAUCAAAAAGAUAUCGAAGCCUUCAAUUAUUCCUGCAGUAGAAGUUGAUCCUCCAGGAUGUUCAUUCAAUCCCUCAUCUGAAAGUCAUCAGGAUGUAUUAGCCUGUGCUGUUGCAGAAGAGAUGCAAAAAGUCUACAAAAACGAGUUGGGACCUGAACCAGUCCCAUUAACAGUUCCAGGAGAAGUUAUUGAUGAAGAAGAUAUGUGUUUUAUUGAGGCAGAGGAUGGAAGUGAUGAUAAUAUGGAUUCAGAUAAUUUCGGUGAUAAUGAGGAUGAUGCAGCUGAGAAAAGGCCACUUAAAAUGAAGAAGUUGACCCGAGUUGAGUUAAAUAGGAGAGCAAGACGCAAAGAACAGCUUAGAAAGGAAUUGGAAACUAAAAAGUUGGAAGACCUUUCUAGAAAAAUUGACAGCCUGCCAGAUAUUCUUCAAGAAAUAGCCAAAGAAGAUGAAGAGAAGCAAAAAAGGCAUCUAAGGAGGAUUGUAGCUAAACAAGAGAAGCUAAAGUCGCAUCCGCCACGCUUGGGAAAGCACAAAUUUGAGCCUGCCCCAAUGCAAGUCUUGUUAUCUGAAGAAAUAACUGGAUCCCUCCGCCAGAUUAAGGGUUGUUGCACCCUUACAAAGGAUCGCUUUAAGAGUCUAGAGAAAAGAGGAAUAAUACCCCCGUCAGCCAAAAAGUCCAGAAGGAAAUAGAAUGAUCUUUCUUAGAAGUUAGAAGAUACAGCACUUGUUAGAAUAUUGGUUGAGAAUCACUGGCUUCGCACGAUGAUGCUGAGGUGCGGGAACAAAGUUUUGUUUGGAAGACGAACGAAGAUCAAUAUACUAAUGCAAAAGAUUUUGUCUAUUUUUCCUUCUGUUCUUCUCCAUAUUCCCCGGGUUGCAACCAUUGGAGGCGGUGAUAAGUUCAUAUACGUUGGGCCAAAGUUAAUUUCGUUUCAGUAUUGUUUGAGUAGUGGCUUUGAUUUUUAUUUUUAUUUUUAUUAUAAUUAUUAUUAUUUUUUGUAUGAUGGGAUUAUCUCUCAUGUAGGUAGUUAUUUGGAGUCCCAGUUAACCUUUUAUGCUUUUUCCGAAUGAUUUUUGAUUAAUAUAUAGUUUUUAAGAUUUAAUCAGUUCGACAGCUGAACCUAAA